UUACAGCGUGUAUUUUGUGUGAACAGUGUUUAUACGCGCCUCUAUAUAAACCCACCAUCUUCUCUUGAUUCUACUUUCUUAAUACUCCUCUUUCUAAAUUUCUUCUUCUUUUGAAUCAAUCAAUCAAUCCUUUUUCACUCUCUCUUCUUUUUUGUUCUUUUCUGUAAGAUUUUCUCUCGAAAAUCCUGUGUUUUGUGUUUACAAAAAAUGGAAGAACCAAUUGUUGUUAACAAAGGUGAAGAUCAAGUUCUUGAUUUGCCUCCAGGUUUCAGAUUCCAUCCAACAGAUGCUGAGAUUAUUGUUUUCUAUCUCACUGAAAAGGUUAAAAAUAGUAAAUUCAGUGCAACUGCUAUUGGUGAAGCUGAUUUGAACAAGUGUGAGCCUUGGGAUUUACCAAAGAAAGCAAAGAUGGGAGAGAAAGAAUGGUACUUUUUUUGUCAGAAAGAUAGAAAAUAUCCAACAGGGAUGAGAACUAAUAGAGCAACAGUUUCUGGUUACUGGAAAGCUACAGGAAAAGACAAAGAGAUUUAUCACAAAGGAAAAUCAAAUCUUGUUGGUAUGAAGAAGACUCUUGUGUUCUAUAGAGGAAGAGCUCCAAAAGGAGAAAAAACUAAUUGGGUUAUGCAUGAAUUCAGAUUGGAAGGCAAAUUUGCUACUCACAAUCUUCCUAAAGCCGAAAAGGAUGAAUGGGUUGUGUCAAGGGUUUUUCACAAGAACACAGAUGUUAAGAAACCUCAAAUUUCUGGUCUUUUAAGGAUAAACUCAAUUGGUCAUGAUGAUCUUCUAGAUUAUUCAUCACUUCCACCUCUCAUGGAUCCUUCAUACACAAAUGAUGAUUUCAAAGGAAUUACAAAUCAACAAAUUUCAUCAACAAAAUCACAAUCAGAUGGAUAUUAUCUUCCAAGCUUCUCAAUCAACAAUCAACAAAAUCAAUUUGUUAUGAAGCCAGAAGAUAAUUACCAUAGAAUAAUUAACUAUGAUAAUCAUCAUCAUCAUCAUCAUCAUGAGAUUAAUCCAACCAUGAACAACUACACUUUAAAUUCCAAUUCCAAUUCCAAUCAAACAAAUCUCAACAACCCAAUUGGAAACACACUCUCACAACCUCAAAUCCGAAUCCAAAAUCCAAACUUGAAUUACUUUAUGUAUCAAAAUAGGAUUAAUCAAAGUUCCAUCCCAACAACAACAUUUGGAAACAAUAAUGAGUGCAAAAUGGAACAAUUCUCUUCAAACCAAUCACAAGAUACAGGUCUUAGCAAUGACACAUCAUCGGCCGUAUCGAAGCAAGACAUGGGAAGGAAUAGGACAAUGUAUGAAGAUCUUGAAGGUCCUUCAUCAGUUGCACCUCUCUCAGAUUUGGAAAGUUUUUGGGACUAUUGAAAGAAGUUGAAGAAUUUGAAGUUGCGAUUCAUGGUUUUUCUUUUAUCUUGGGAUCAUGAUCAUAAGCAUCAUAGAUAUAUAGUAGUUGCAUACCAUAUAGUAUUUCUUUUUUCUUUUCUUUUCUUUUCUUUUCUUGUUUUUGUUAUAAACAUAUUGAUUUAUUUAUAUUUAUAUUACUAUUAUAAAGUAUAAACAUUUGAUAUAUAGAAGAGUUCUUGGAUAUACAAAUAUUGUAUAGAUUUAUAAUAUCCAAGACUUUUAUGUGUUAAUUAGUUUAUUAUUAUUAGUAUUCAUAGUCCAUAGAUUAUAUCGAGAGGACUUGAAAAUUCAUGUAAAUCUAUAUUCUUUUGUUAUAUUGGUGGGUUUGUUUUAUUCAUUUCUUUGGAUUUUUUUUGUUUUUUAAUUUUUGCUUUUAUUCUAUGAUUUCUAUACACAGAUCAAAAAUCUUGUUGAAUCCUUCAUUGUAAUAAUUAUUAUUCAUGUCA